CCCGAUCGUCUGAGGGAGACUACCAAACACGGCAUAUAGACAAUGUGCAUCACGCUUUAGUGAUCCUUAAAGACUCUAGCUUCUAAUUUUAAGGCCAUUUCUAUUUGGUGUCRAGGAUAACUAACGAUCGUUAGCUUGCRCUACAAYUCUAUUCGAAAUGGUCGACGGUCCAAAAGCUAAGAUAUUCAAUGAUCCCGUACAUGGUCACAUUGAAAUGCCCGAACUGUGUGUCAAAAUUAUUGACACUCCACAGUUCCAGAGACUUCGGUACAUAAAACAACUAGGUGGAUGUUACUUUGUUUAUCCUGGCGCUGCUCACAACCGAUUUGAACAUUCUAUUGGGACAGCCCACUUAGCUGGGCUUUUGGUUGAAAGUUUGAAGUCAAGGCAGGAAGAUCUUGGUAUAACCGAUGAAGACGUGUUGUGUGUCAAGAUAGCGGGACUAUGCCAUGACUUAGGUCAUGGACCGUUUUCACACCUUUUUGAUGCUUCUUUUGUUCGUAAAUUUGUUGACGAAAAUUGGAAGCAUGAGAAAGCCAGCUUGGCUAUGGUUGACUUAAUCUUCGAGAACCUGAAGGGAAAGGAUCCUGAAAACUUUAAACUAAAGGAAAAAGAUGUUUUCUUUAUCAAGGAACUCAUCAAUGGCCCAACUGAAGGAUCUAAAGAGGACUGGCCUUAUAAGGGAAGAGAAAAGGAGAAAGGUUUCCUUUAUCAGAUUAUUUCCAACAAGGAAAGUGGUAUUGACGUGGAUAAGUGGGACUAUUUCGCACGAGAUUGUUACCAUCUUGGAAUGAAAAGCACCUUUGAUCACAUGCGCUGCAUAAAGAUGGCACGAGCCAUCCGAGUCGAAGAGGACAAUAACAAGUGGCAUAUCUGUUUCCGUGACAAAGAGGUCCACAACAUUUACGAGAUGUUUCACGUAAGAUCUAUCCUUCACAGACGCGCUUAUCAGCACAAGACAUCCAACGCCGUAGAACUCAUGAUAACUGAUGCCUUAGUGAAAGCAGAUCCGUAUCUUCUAUUCGAAGGAAAAGGCGGAAACAAGCUGAAGAUGUCUGAAGCGAUACACGACAUGGUGGCUUAUACGAAGAUAACAGACCGAGUGUAUCAUCAAAUACUUCUUGCAAGUGAUCCACAACUGCAAGAGGCAAAGCAAAUUCUGGAGAGGAUAGAAUGUAGAGAGCUGUACAGAUCAAUUCGGGAACACACUACCGAGGAAGAUAUUUCAUGUAAAGAUGUCGAUAAGGCGGAUUUCCUUGAAAAGGCAAAGAUGAGUGAAGUCAAGAAGGAAGACAUUAUACUUGACAAAGUGAAAUUUGAUUAUGGAAGGAAAAAGGAGGACCCUGUUAAAAAUGUGUACUUUUACAAAAAGAAAACCCCAGAUGAAGCCUUUAUUUUUAAUGAAGACAAUAAGGUUAGCUACAUGUUGCCUAAAGCGUUCUUAGAAUGGAAGAUAAGGCUGUACCUUCGCAAGACUGAGCUGGACGAAAAUAAAACAAAACAGUUGAUAGAGGGAUUUGGUGAUUGGGUCAAGCUAAAGGAACGUGCAGCCAGCAGCUCUGGUGCAGCGGGCAGGGAAGAUGAGACUCCUGAGAAGAAACCCGAAGCGCAUGAUGGAGCACCGUCUAACCCCUAAGUUUGUUUUUGAAAGCCUUUAGUAACUAAAAUAAAGCACCAAACGAUUUGAGAUCAGAAUAGACUAACUUAGAGAUAGCACGCGAACACAUCCCUAACGCAUGUGACUAGACUACACGUGAUCAAGAUCUGUGUGCAUGUGACAUGUCAGGUGACAUUGAUAUGCACAUGCGCCUGCAUGAAUAGACUAUGAUUAGAAUAGACUAACUUAGAGAUAGCACGUGAUCACAUCCCAAACGCAUUACUAGACUACACGUGAUCAAGAUCUGAGUGCAUGUGACUAGACUACACGUCAUCAAGAUCUGUAUAACGAAUAUAAGCUAUGGGGAAUUUAUCUUAUUAUGUUGUUAAUUUUAAUUCUAAGGUAACGUUGUCAGCAUGUGAAUUGUAGAGGUAGUGAACGUCAGAGUGUGUCGUAUUCGCUAUUCCGAGGUUGAGUAAGACUGGGUCGAGUUGGUAUUGCAGUGCAUUGUUGGGUUUUUUUAGAUGACGAAAUAGACGCCAUCUUGGAAAUAUGUGCCCUAAAACAGCCCCACAAUGCCCUGCAACGCCAACUCGACCCAGUUCUUUCCUUAACUAAUGACUAAUCUUAAACAUUUGCCUCUGGCUAAGAAGACUCUCGGCAAUGACACCUUGUAUCACGACGAAAAAAUAAAAAUUAUUAAUUGAUAUUA